UCUACACAUUCCCACAAAAUGAAAAAUGUGUAUGGAUUGUUUAAAAUUAGGGGCGUUCAAGUAUCACACAUUUUUUAAUUUUUGGUUCAGGUGAAGAAAAUGCUGGCAACAGUGAAGGAGGGAAGGACGACGACGAGUGUGGUGGCGGCUGAGGAAUACACGACGGAGUUCCGAGCCUACAAUGACGACGCCUGGUACACGGUGCGCGUUUUGCUCGUAGGAGAGAGACUCAUAGUGAAGUACCAGAACUUCUCCGACGAAAACGACGAGGCGUUUGAGCCCUCGCGGUUUGGGGAUUGUGAGGACCUCGAGGACUUCAAGGAGCGCUUCAGGCCGCUCUCCAGACAGCUCCAGGACGCCGAGUGUCGUCGGUUCGGUCCCGGCGCUAGGGUCUGCGCUUGCCACUCCUUCGCCCCCGACGACGUUCGCUUCUACGACGCCGUCAUCGACGGGGUGCAAGAAAACGAGCAUUCUUGGGAAAUAGGAGAGGAAGAAUGCUUGUGCACCUUUCUACUUUACUGGUUGCAUGGGCCAAAUGCAAGAAACUUGACUGCUGAACCAAUUGAUAAUAUCUGUGAAGUUCAGUCUGCAUGGGAGCUAGAUCCUGCAGUGACUUCAUUUCUGGAUAUGGCAGGGAAGAAAAUACAUUUGUUUUCUUCUCGUUAUGUUUUAGCAUCAUCAGGAGUUUCUGGCCUAGAAAUGGGGCCGUACUGCAACGGAAGCUCAAACACUACUCAUAGAAUGAGCUAUUUUGAACGAAUGGAAAAGGAAGCACAGCGUGCUAUGCAGUCUGUUGACAAUGUUUGUUCACCUGGAGGUUUGUUUCUAUUUAAUAGUAGAGUGUCAAAGAAAGGCUUUGAAAUGAUGCCAUAUUGCCCCAAAAGCUCAAACACUACUCAUAGAAUGACUUAUUCUGGACAAAUGAUAAAGGAAAGAGAACGUGUUAGGCGGUCUGUUGUCGAUGCAUGUUCACAUGAAGUUGGUUGUCAUGAUAGAAGAAUGGAAGAUAAGGAGCUUGAAGGAACAAAAGACGUGUGUAUGAUAUUGAUUACAAAUAUCGACAAAGAGUUAUGUCCACUGACAAUUACAGAGUUCUUAAGGAGACAUACUUCUGUAUCAGCCAGGGUCGUUAUUUUUCCAAGUUUUUCAAUGGAGGUAUAUACCAAAGGAGCCAUUAUGGUGAAUUCUACAAGAGAGUUCCAAGAGCUGUGUGACUUUUUGAAUAAUCCCAACCGCAUCAUAACAUCUUCAACUGGCAGGCCUUGGGUGAUACUUGAAAAGGUAGUGGGAUUCAAAAAUAUUAAAGCAUCGAUAGGAGCAUUGGUGCAUACAUCCGAGAAAAUAAAGAGGGGAACGAGCAACAAUUUGAAGGUUGUACAUUCAGGAACUAAAGAAUUCAAAAUAGCUAGUAAUAAGAGGGAUUUGUUUUUUGAAUUUUCUGAGCACCAAGAGCGGCUACGCAAGAAGCUUGCACUUGAGGAAGGAAAGAUAUUUGCAGCUAAUGAACAACUUUCUUAACUAUUUGUCCUUCAGAUUUUACUGUUUCUUUUUGCUAAUAUGUAAAUAUAAAUAGUAUAAGGCUAUGGCUUAUGGACAUGAUCUUUUUUGCCCCUAAGAUUGUUGGGAGUUGGGUUGUAAAUGUAUGUGACUAGAGCGUAAGAAAAUUUUGAUAGGUCUAUAAUUCAAAAAGGCUCAAAGGUAAUUCAAUUCACACCCCCUUUCUUUUGUUA